AAUAUUUUUCCAAGUUGGAUUUGAAAUCAGGAUAUCAUCAAAUCUCGAUCCAGCCGAACGACCGCUACAAGACCGCGUUCAAGACGCGGUACGGGCAUUUCGAGUGGGUGGUCAUGCCUUUUGGCCUCACCAACGCCCCGACGACCUUUCAGGCGGCAAUGACCAAUGAAUUUCGUGCAAUGUUGGACCGGUUCGUGCUGGUCUACUUAGACGAUAUUCUCGUCUAUAGCCGGUCAUUGGAGGAUCAUCUUGGGCAUCUUCGAGGAGUGUUGGAGACGCUCCGCCGCACCAAGUACAAGGCCAACCGCGACAAGUGUGAAUUUGUCCGGCAGGAGCUGGAAUACAUGGGCCAUUUCGUCACACCGGAGGGCAUCAGUCCGCUAUCGCACAAGAUUCAGGCCGUCCAAGAGUGGUCGGAGCCUCGGAACGUCACGGAUGUCCGCUCGUUCCUCGGUCUCGCCGGCUACUAUCAGCGCUUCAUCAAAGGCUACUCGAAGAUCGCGGCCCACUUGAACAAGCUUCAAUGCGAGGAUCGACCGUUUGACUUCGGAGAGGAGGCACGGGGAUCAUUCUUCGCUCUCAAAGCCGCGCUAUUGUCUACGGAGGUCUUGCGGAUAUACGACCCGCUCUUGCCUACGCGCGUCACUACGGAUGCGUCAGGCUAUGGCAUUGGUGCAGUCCUCGAGCAACAUGACGGUGUGGACUGGCACCCGGUCGAUUAGUCAGCAAGAAAGUGCCCAUCGUGCAUUCCAUUGAUGAUGCACGCAAGA